GUCUAAUGGACAAGUACAUCUCAGUCCUAAUCAGCCUACCAGUCUGCCAAAUCAGCCUCGGCCGACCUUGACUUGAUUCCAUCCUUCUCCCUUCACUACUCGACACAACCCUAGCCAUGGCUCUGGCACGCGUGCGCCUUCCUCCCGCCGGACCAACGCCGGCCACUGCCUUCCUCUCGGGCACAAACCCCAGACCCGCCCGCCUCUCCUUCUCCCCGAAACCCACAUCCAACUCCCUCUCCGCCGCCGCUGCCGCCAAUGUGCCGCCGCCCCCCAUCGUCGUCGUGGGCUCCGCCAACGCCGACAUCUACGUCGAGGUCGACCGCCUCCCGCUCGUCGGCGAGACCGUGGCGGCCCGCGCCGGCCGCAGCCUGGCGGGUGGGAAGGGCGCCAACCAGGCGGCCUGCGGCGGGCGGCUCGCGCUGGGGCCCACCUACCUCGUGGCGCGCGUCGGGGACGACGCCAACGGCCGGCUCCUCGAGGGCGCCAUCGCGGACGCCGGCGGCGUCCGCAUCGACCGCGUCGCACGCGUGGCAUGCGCGCCCUCGGGCCAUGCCGUCGUCAUGCUCAUGCCCGACGGCCAGAACUCCAUCAUCAUCGUUGGCGGCGCCAACAUGGAGGGGUGGACGGGGGGCGUCGAGUCCGAGGACCUGGAACUGAUCCGGCAGGCCGGCGUACUACUGCUGCAGAGGGAGAUACCCGAUUGGGUCAACGUGCAGGCUGCGCAGGCUGCAAAAAGUGCAGGUGUGCCUGUUAUCAUGGAUGCUGGUGGAAUGGAUGCUCCUGUUCCUGGAGAACUACUCAGACUGGUGGAUAUUUUCAGUCCAAAUGAAACAGAGCUAGCACGUUUGACUGGGAUGCCUACCGAGACAUUUGAACAGAUCAGCCAGGCUGCAGGAGAAUGCCAUAAAAUGGGUGUCAAAGAAGUACUAGUUAAACUUGGAUCGCAAGGAUCUGCUUUGUUUGUUGAGGGAGAGGAACCAGUCAAACAGCCAAUAAUUCCUGCCACAGAAGUUAUUGAUACCACGGGUGCUGGUGACACUUUCACCUCAGCUUUUGCUGUAGCUCUGGUUGAGGGGAAGCCUAAGAAGGAAUGCAUGAGAUUUGCUGCUGCUGCUGCCUCUUUGUGUGUUCAAGUAAAGGGGGCUAUACCUAGCAUGCCUGACAGAAAAUCAGUGAUGAAGCUUCUGGAAUCUGCGCAAGUCAAAUAACUGUAUAAAGUGUUGAUAGUUCGAAGUCGGCCCCUUUCAUCAGCAAUAAUGGUUGCUAGGGUACGCACAAUUCGUGGGAUCCAUCAUGAAGUGUUGUUAGACCUUCACGUGCCCUCCAAAUAACGCUAAAACCUUGAGAUAGAAGGUGCCAUCCAGAGUAAAUCUCCCACACAAAAUAAGAAAGGACGUCAUGUGCUUUUCUUGCCAUACGCCCGUUUCACAAUCCUUUCGGUUUGCGAACACAAUGAACAGUUUCACAUUGGCCUGGAGCUAUCCGACGGUGACUCUGUUCUUACUCUAGU